AUGUCUAGGGUCUCUAUCACGAAUGGUGCGAUUGAAUUACAGGCAAAUAGUUGCUCGAAAGUACAAAUUACACUUGCACUCAUGAAGAAUAGCUCUCUUUACCGGCUUUCACUACGGAUUCAACUGCCACAGGAUGGACGAGCUUUACUGCAAGUGGAAUUGCCAAUGAUGAAUAAUGUAACAAUGGCUCUAGGCUCAGGAUCUGCUGAUGCAGCAAAGAACGAGGUCUUAAUAAGCUCGUCACAAAACACGUCCGUAUUUGUGGAACUGCCGUGCAUUUCAGAUGUAGCAGACACUUUUCAUGAUGUAGCGUUUGUAUGGGACAAGAAGUGGAUGCGGUGGUAUGUGGAUGAAGUCUUGCUGUUAGAAGAAUUCAUCCAAGAUGAAAGUGCACGAAGAAAAAGCGAUGAUGACUAUGGCAAGGUCGUUCUGGACUUGAGUGUCACAACACCGGGGGGCCAAGCUUGCAGUGAAACGGAUGACGUUGUAUUCUGGCAACUCGUCGGACCCUUUCUGCGCUCCACGAUAUUCGACUUCCAGAAACUGUCGACCACAAGCACCAUUUUCUCCUCGUCUUGGAUCCAUCCGUGGUUCAUUGUCGAGGAGCUUGGCCGAUCGGUUGAAAAACGGCCACUGCGUGCAAUCUGUCUUGGCGCAUGCUAUGCGCCUCAAGAACAAAAGAUUCCACAAGCACUUUUCACAGGCAUGCACCACGCCCGCGAGCCUAUUUCGAUGAUGAAUUUGGUCUACACGAUCGACAUUUUGACAUCAGAUUAUCGUAAUGGAGAUUUAGCAGCUUUGGAGCUGCUAACGUCCCGGCAGCUUUGGUUCAUUCUUGUUGUCAAUCCAGAUGGAUACGCACAUAACGAGAUGCUGCGCAUAUGGGAACACAAUAAGAUAGGUCGGCGCAAAAGUGCAGCGCCAACUUGUUAUAGCAGCCUUCCAGAUGCAGGGGUGGAUCUGAAUCGCAAUUACGACGUCUGCUUUGCACGCGACGCCAAUGGCAGUAGCAAUGAGCCAUGCGGGGACGAUUACAACGGACCCAGCGCUUUUUCGGAACCGGAGACACAGGCUGUCCGUAAUCUUGUGGAACGUCAGACGUCAGAUUUCAGUGUGGCGCUUAAUUACCACUCUUACGGCAUGUACUUCAAUCUUCCAUUCGCUUGCAAGGCUGAAGGGGAGCCAACUGGGACGAACAAUUCAAUUUUUGUGGCGUUGGCUCAAGAAGUGGUCCGUUUUAAUGGAUUUCGCUAUGGCCAAUCUUGGAAGGAAAGCAGUUUGUACACGGUCAACGGAGAGACAAGCGAUUGGAUGUGGCAAGCGCAUGGCAUUUUUGCUAUGUCACCUGAAGUUGGUCCGGCAUUUGAGGUCACCUCUGUUCUAGGGUUUUGGCCCCCUCGUGAUGAUGUCCCUCAGCUAUCAUCUGCGCUUCAUUAUUCAAACUUGUAUAUGUCCCGCAUGGCGGGUCCUGUGUAUUCGUUGUUGGUGAAUCGUGUUCAGCUUGGCACUACCGAUGUUAGCAACUUAACUUUACCAUUUAUUUAUGUUGAUGUAACAAUCUCAAACCGUGGUUUGCGCCCCGGAACUGCGGAGUUGGUGGCAUCCUUGUUCGUGAAUGGAGCAAGCGCCAGUGAUAUUGUACGGUUAGAGCUCGAGGCAGUACCAGACGGCUCGGGGUCUUUGGCCGAACAGAGUCACACAUUGGCAAUUCCUAACUCCGAAGCUGAUUUUCACCAUUCUACGAGUGAGAUCAAGGCACUGUAUAUAGUGGUGAGGGAUACACUCAGUUGCCAUCUCUUCCGUGUUGCCGUUUAUUUCGACACGGUUCGUGAGAAAAGGAACUAUUCGAAUUUCCAAACAUGGACUGCGCUACCGCUUCCUCGCUGUGGGACUUGUGAGGUGUUUGGUUCUUCAGGAAAUUCCAGUAAGGCGGGCAACGAUCUCAAGGUAUCUCGAUUAUGUCAUGAAAUCAAGGAUGUAACUUACCUAAAGCCUAUCAGCACCCGACCGAUUGGGCCGCUCGCAGUUAUUCACAAUCGUGUUGAUAGCUCUGCAGAACCUGGUCCGACACCAAAGGCUACUCCCCCUAACAGUGCUCCCUACGUCGCUUCCAGCAGUAGUACAUCAGAAGAAAUGACUAAAGACAAGCGCGCAUCAUUUUCGUCAAGCUUGGCAUCCCCAACGUGGUCAAAUUCAGUUGCGAUGGCAUCUUUGGUAUCUCUCGUGGUACUUAUAGUAGCCAUCCUUUUCUUUCGGUGCUAUUGCCGGAAAAACAACAAGAAGGCCGCGGAAGCGAAAGCUGCUUCGAUGGGGCAAAGUAAAGUGCAGUAUUCGCGCAUUGCUGGAAAAGGCAGUAACUUGCCAGCGCGUGACAGGGAAGUGUUUUACGAGGAAGAAAAUGAAGAACAGGAUUCCGUGGUUGCAGAGAUUGGUGAGAGGAACGUGUCGGCCGACGAUUAG